AUGGUCGCCGGUUUGCUUUCGUCUCGUUUCUGUGCUGAACUGAACCGCUGUGGAUGCUUGGGUUUCCCAUUCCAGCUUGGCGCAGCUCUGGCAGGCGGUCACACCGACUGUGUCUUCGACGUCGCUUGGGGGGUGGCCCCGAACGGUUCCAGGCUGCUUGUCUCCGCCUCGCACGACAAGUCUGUGAGAUACUGGAGGGAGGUUGCAUAA